AUGAGCACAGAUAAAACCGAGCAAAUUCAAUACGUGACGCUUCAGAGCAGCGAUGGCAAAGAAUUUCGAGUUAAUUUAGCGGUUGCAAGUGUUUCCCUUGUAAUCAAAAAUUUGCUUACAGAUCUCGGUCUGUCAAACCAAGUUAUUCCUAUUGCUAAUAUCAGAGGACACGUAAUUGAAUGGUGUGAACAUCAUGUUAAUGAAGGCCAAAUAAUAAUCAGCGAAUGGGAUGAACGUUAUAUUGAAGUUGAACAUGAUCUCUUACUCGACAUCACGCUGGCUGCAAAUUAUUUGGAAAUCAAAUCAUUGCUUGACCUCGGUUGUAAGAAAGUUGCAAACAUGAUCCGUGAUAAAUCUCCUGAGGAAAUUCGAGCAUCAUUCAAUAUUGAGAAAGACUUUACGCCCGAAGAAGAAGAACUGGUACGGAUUGAGAACGGAUGGAUCGAGGGUUUAUAA